CUGUCUGCGUUUGCUGUGCGAGCCCGCAGUGCCUUGCGCUGUUCACCGAUUGCUCGACCAGCGCAGAGUCGCACUUCGCUUAUCGGGCGACGGGUCCCCAGGCUACAUUAGCAAAAUAAAAGAUGGCGUUCACAUUCGCGGCCUUUUGCUAUAUGCUAGCAUUACUCCUAACCGCAGCUCUCAUUUUCUUCGCUAUUUGGCACAUAAUAGCGUUUGAUGAACUGAAGACAGACUACAAGAAUCCCAUAGAUCAGUGUAAUACAUUGAAUCCGCUGGUGCUCCCAGAGUACCUCAUCCAUGUCUUCUUCUGUGUGAUGUUCCUGUGCGCAGCGGAGUGGCUCACCCUGGGGCUCAACAUGCCCUUAUUGGCAUACCACGUCUGGAGGUACAUGAGCAGGCCGGUGAUGAGUGGUCCAGGACUCUAUGACCCGACUACAAUCAUGAACGCUGAUAUCCUGGCAUACUGUCAAAAAGAAGGCUGGUGCAAACUUGCGUUCUACCUGCUGUCCUUCUUCUAUUAUCUCUAUGGGAUGAUCUAUGUUCUGGUGAGCUCCUAAACUGAUCUGACUGCUGACAGGGGAACUGCAUGCAGGAAACAAAAGCUACAACUGACGAACUAGGAUCUGAAACCAGACCUGUGGACGACUUCCCUUCUGUGGCGUACAAUAAAAAGGAUAAUGAACACUCAGCCCUACAUAAUCCUGAGCAUCAAUCUUGAAAAGUUAAGCCCAUUCAAAUAUUUUGCCACAACUACCCUUUUUAUUACAACUAUCCUAUUGCAUUUACAGAAUAGAGGACAACCAAUAAUAGGCCUGGACAUUUUUUUGUGUGUGUGAUGAAUCAAGUGAAACAGUUAACUUUUUUGUUCUAUUUUUUUUUUCUUUUUCACUUUUGUUUACAAAGGAGACCAGACAUUUUGCUUAAACUCAUAUAGGCAGUUAGCUGUUGAACGUUACAGAAAUGUUUUUAUAGUCAUUCUUUUUUAUAUUGUCUAAAUUGAAUUGACUGUAUUGGAACAUUAAGAGGCCUAGCUCCUUAAAAUCAAACUUCUGCCAACCGGUUCUGCAAGCUGUACUAAACCCACACAGGCAGUUAUUGUGCUGUAAUAAUGGAAAUAUUUUAUUGUCCAGGAGUGUUUGAAUUAAGGUCUUUUACGUGACGACUUGAUGUGUUUGGCCCUCAUGUUUUAUGUGACUUAAGCUGUUUUUGUAAGUUAAUAAAGGCAACACACAAUUGAAACGCAUUUUGUAGUGAUUAUCACUUGACGGAUUAAAUGUUGCACAGUGACAAUCUAUAUCAUUUAUAGGUUUUUUUUAGGAGUCAAGAGUGAAGAAUUUAAUUUAAACCCUCCUGGAUGAGCCUGGUGUGAUAUUAAAUUCCCAGUCUACAAUGAACCAAAAUCAGAACAGUCUUGCCAGACUUCCUUUGUAUUGAAACUUGAUUACCAUUUCAAAACCCCAUCUACUGUGAUGUCUGUCAGUAUCUACUACUGUUAAAUGGUCAUCCAAGCAUUUGAUUACUAUGGGCUUGACAAUGUGGUAUAUCACUGAAGGAUUUGGUUGUACACUCAAGACCUAUGUAACAAGUAUAUACAGCUAAAGGGCGAUGACAGUUGAAUCUACAGGUUGCUAUCAAAACAAUUAGUCUGCGCUAUGGCUCAUACCAAAGCUUAUAUAGUAACUAGUAGAGCCAGUAAGAUACUUUGGUGCUGUGGAACCCAAUGUCAUGCAAACACUCCAUCAUUAAAAUAAGCCUACAUUAUGAAGUGGAGGGGAUACAGUCAUUUCAUUCUGAAGCACCAUUCAACUAUUUUUUUUUCCCCCCCACAGUUUUCUCUUUGACACUCCCUAUAUGUUUCUUGUUGAAUUGUUCUGGCUGGAAUAUUGACAGUGUCGUGGCUGUUCUCUUGAAAAGGUGCACCAUUAGCGACUUGGCCAGGCUUUUCCUUGGUAAGGGAAGGGAACCACACAAAAAUCACCCAUGACAAGGGUCUUCCCUCAACUUUUAUCGCCAUAAACAUUGUGACAUUGUCUUGCCAUUUACCAGGAAAUAAAGGAAAAAUGUUAGAAUACAUGUGGAACUGCUAAAUGUGAAAAAUAGUCUUAUUUUAAAUUCCUUAGACCAGAUAUGAAUGUGAUUGAAUAAAAUUAGAUGGGAACUUGAAAUCAAUUAAAGUGCAACUAAAUAAACCCCUCUUUACACAAGUCGAUUUUUUAAAGAAAAUGCUGAUGCAAACAUGGCCAAUCUUGCAAGUUCUUCAGGGAAGUCAGUUAAUGGCAAGUCACAUGCCUACUUUUUAUUGCAUAUCACUUUCUUUGAGGUCAGAAUUUCUCAGUCCUGAUCCUAGGGUCCUGCUGGUCUUUUCUCCAACUGACCUAAAUUAAUCAGGUGCAGUGGCUGCUGUUACCUGAUUGAGUACACCACAUAAUAGCCAUCUGCUGUAUGCUGAAGAAUUGUACAGUCAGACGUACGUGUAUGCUACCAAACAGUGAAAAUUAAAGGUUUCUC